AUGGUGGUGUCGAAUGAUGCAGUUGAAGCACCGGACUAUACUGUGGUGGUGUCAGGUGAUGCAGUUGAGGCACCAGACCAUACUUUAGUGGUGCCGGAUGAUACUGUGGAAGAGCAGGGUCGUACCGGGGUGGCUCAGGAUCCUCUCGCUACAGAGGUGGCUCAGACUGUGGCAAUAUUGGCAGAGAUGGUUGGCACAUUUAUUCUGGUGUUAUGUGUAUGUGGAAUCAUAGCAAGUCAGCAGCUAAUGAGAGGUGAAGUGGGUCUAAUGGAGUAUGCAGCUACAGCAGGAUUAACAGUCGUUGUUGUGAUUUUUUGUAUAGGACCAAUCUCUGGGGCACAUGUCAAUCCUGCUGUUACAAUAGCUUUUGCUAUUUUUGGUCAUUUUUCUUGGUCAAGGGUUCCAUUCUAUAUAUUGGCACAAAUGUUAGGAUCAACUUUGGCAACAUGGGCGGGAAGAUCUGUGUAUGGCGUACGAGCUGACCUUAUGGCUACACGACCAGUUCAAGGCUGUUUUGCUGCUUUCUGGGUUGAGUUCUUUGGGACUUUCAUCAUCAUGUUCUUGUCAGCAGCAUUGAUAUGUGAAGCUCACACUAUAGGUCAUUUGUCAGGAUUCGUGGUUGGAAUAGCCAUUGGACUUGCUGUCCUUAUUACAGGGCCAGUUUCAGGAGGAUCAAUGAAUCCGGCAAGGUCACUAGGACCUGCGAUCGUGUCAUGGGAUUUCGAUAACAUAUGGAUAUACAUGAUUGCCCCGGUGGUCGGAGCUAUAGCAGGUGUUCUAUUGUACCAGUUUCUACGCCUUAAACACAGACCUUGUACUGCCACUUCUUCUCCUAGUACAGUUUCCUACUUGGUCACUCCUUAG